CGUUUGUGUAAAUUGGUCCCUAUCCAGUUUAUCUUGAUUAUUUUGUGGUGAUAGAGUGUUGCGAAAGUACAGCCCGAAAGCGCGUUGAUGGCAUUGAUCUUGCCGCCAGAGAUAGUACAUGUUCACGGACGAUGCAGUCCGCUGUAAUAAGAACAAAUAAGAACAAUUUAUUUUCAUGCAAAUGACGUCGAACGACAUCUUGGUGGCAACUGUACCCUUUACUUUUAUUUUGCCGUACUUAUGACGUUUUGAACCAAGUUUUCGGUGUGUGUUUGGGACAAAAAUAUUUGGAUAAAAAUGGAAUCAAAGCAGAUAUGCACAUUUGCAUGGAAAAUCAAACCAUAAAAGUUGUAAAGGUUAUGUUUAAAAUGAAAGAUACGUAGGUGUCGUGUACAACUUCGGUGUUUUGUAGUUUGAAUGCUUAAUAGUUCUUGAGAAUGGAAGAAGACGAAGUGUUUGAGGAUUCUAGUACGCCCAUGUGCGAUGACAAGAAAACAGCCCCAUUGUCAAGUAGUAAUGUGUAUCAUAGCGCUCAAGAAGUAAUAGUCGAAAGAGCUUCAAUCAAUGAAGAAAAUAACGUGCCACCGGAUUUUCGAAAAGCUGCGUCUGUGUCAGAAGAAAGUGCAAAACCUCGAAGAAAAUCCCAUCACACCUUCCCUCAUCAGUCUCUUCCAACAUUUUAUGAUGGUGAAAGGACCGUGGAUUUUGUAUUAGUGUGGGAUCAGCUAAAUCCACGAUCUGGUACUGAAGAAGCUGUGAAGAGGAGACGAGUGUUUGAAGAAAAUCUUGCUCAUGAAGGUCUUGAAUUAGAAUACGAGAAACCAGAGCCAAAUGGAUUGACAUUUAUUAAAAUUCAUGCUCCUGUGGAAGUUUUGAGGCGAUACAGUGAAAUCUUAAAACUGAGAAUGCCAAUGAAAGAGAUUCCUGGACUUCAAGAUGUCCAUGCAAAAACAAAUUCACUACUAGAUGAAAUGAAUACUUGGUUUCAUCAUGUUAUGAGUAAGUUCUAUGUGGAUACAGAUGUCUUCCCUCCAAGGAGCCAAAGAUUCACUGCUGUUUACAGCCGUGAUAAGGAGUAUUUGUUUGACAUUCAGGCUGAAGGAUUCUUUACUCCUGCUAUUCACUCUCGUAUUGUGCAGUUUAUAUUGGAUAGGAAGCGUUUUUCUGAGGAUGAACAAGACGAUUUUGCAUUUGGCAUUGAACGAUUAAUAAAUGAGUACGUUUAUACUGCAGCUUAUCCUUUACAUGAUGGAGAUUUAAGACAACCUGGAAGCUGGAGAUACACACUUUUUAAGGAAUGGGCAGCUGUUAGAAAGUCAUUCAGAUACCAACCACUGGAUUAUAUCAAAGAUUAUUUUGGCGUGAAGAUUGGACUAUACUUUGCAUGGCUUGGUUUCUAUACACAUAUGUUAAUUCCUGCAUCCGUUGUUGGUGUCUUAUGUUUUAUUUAUAGUUGUGUUACACUGUAUAAUAAUCAACCAAGUGAAGACAUCUGUAAUAAACAUCAGAGUAUUAAAAUGUGUCCUCUCUGUGAUUACUUUUGUGAUUAUUGGAACUUGGAAGAGACAUGUCUUCAUGCUAGAGUAACUUAUCUCUUUGACAAUCCAAGCACAGUUUUCUUUGCUAUAUUUAUGUCUUUUUGGGCUGCCACUUUCUUGGAACUUUGGAAGCGGUAUUCAGCAGAAAUUACUCAUCGAUGGGAUCUGACUGGUUUUGACAUUCAGGAGGAGCAUCCUCGCCCACAGUACUUAGCUCGCCUUGCUCACAUCAAAAAACGAGAGAUCAACGUGGUGACCAACACCAUGGAACCUCAUGUUCCUUUUUGGCGAAUGCGUGUACCAGCUACCAUUCUUAGCUUUUCUGUUGUGUUGUUAUUGGUAGCAAUGGCUGUGGCUGCUGUUUUGGGAGUUGUUUUGUAUCGGAUGUCUAUGCUAGCUGCUCUGUCUGUCUAUGGCAGUCCUGAAUUUAACAGCUAUGCAAUACUCUUUACCACCACAACUGCAGCAUCUAUCAACUUAUGUUGCAUCAUGGUUUUUAAUUGGAUCUACGGGUGGCUUGCUGAAUAUUUAACAGAAUUGGAACUUUUGAGAACCCAAACAGAAUUCGAUGACAGUCUUACUCUCAAGAUAUAUUUGCUUCAAUUUGUGAAUUACUAUGCAUCCAUCUUCUACAUUGCUUUUUUCAAGGGCAAAUUUAUCGGAUUUCCUAGCAAGUACAAUCGCCUAUUCACAUAUCGGCAGGAGGAGUGUGGUCCUGGUGGAUGUUUACUUGAAUUGUGUAUUCAGUUAUCUAUCAUCAUGGUGGGGAAACAAGCUAUGAAUACUGUUUUGGAGAUGCUAUUUCCGCUCUUUUUUAAAUGGCUUAAUACAUUAAAAGUGAAAACUGGUGUUCGACCAGGCUCUGGAUAUACUCGCAGUACUCACCAAUGGGUCAAAGACUUUAAGCUUGUGGAAUGGGGUCCUCGUGGUCUCUUCCCAGAAUAUCUGGAAAUGGUUUUGCAGUAUGGCUUUGUCACCAUAUUUGUAGCAGCUUUUCCUUUGGCUCCCUUUUUUGCCCUUUUAAACAACAUUUUGGAAAUGCGCUUGGAUGCAAAAAAACUAUUAACAUAUUUUCGACGUCCUGUCACUCAGCGAGUUAGAGAUAUUGGCAUAUGGUUUCGUAUUCUGGAUUCUAUUGGGAAGUUGUCUGUAAUUACUAAUGGCUUUAUAAUUGCAUUCACAUCAAACUUCAUCCCAAAGCUUGUAUAUGUUACAUCUGUGUCUCCUGAUCAUUCCUUGUCAGGAUUUCUGGAGCAUUCUCUGUCUUUUUUCAACACCAGUGACUUCGAAAAGGGAUCUGAGCCAGCUCAUGUCAUAGAAAAUGUAACAAUUUGCAGAUAUCCUGACUAUCGAGAACCUCCUGAAUCAAAUAACAAAUAUGACAAGACUGCCAUGUACUGGCAUGUAUUGGCAGCCAGAUUGGCUUUUGUAGUUGUCUUUGAGAAUGUUGUUGCUGUGGUUAUGAUUUUGGUACGCUGGGGAAUUCCGGAUAUGGCAGGAGAGUUACGUGACCAGAUAAGAAGAGAAGCGUAUAUUACAAAUGAGAUCAUCAUAAAACAAGAAGCAAUGCGAGCCUUAGGUUUGUCUCCCACAGACGAUAUCCUACUCCAUGAAGGACGAGGAAAAGUAAGUAAAUUUGGAGGUCUUGAGCGGAGACUGUGGCAUGAGUACUCUAGCUCAGAACUUGAUCUCAUAAUGAUGGAAAAGGAGAAUGGUGCAAUGAACAGGUUUUAUUCCUCAGGUGGUGGAGAAAGUUCCACUGAUCAUCCAGUUAUGGUUUAAGUUGUGUACUUAUAAACACUGUACCAAAAUUUACUUUUAACUAUCCUUAAUGUUGUACACACACAUGCCUAUAUAUUAUCUAAUGUAGAGUACAGGCCAAUGAAUCUUCGUAUAUAAAUAUUAUGAAUUAAAGGUGGUUAUCUGUUUAGAGGAAGUAUUGUUGACUUUGUAAGUUAUAUGCAUGUAAUUUGAGAAUUUGAAACCUGUUAUGAACCUGUGUUGGAGAAAUGCUUUGGUUACUUAGUUCUUUACCUAUCAACAGACUUGUAUCUUGUAUUUGGAUUAGAAAGUUUGGGACUAAAAUUUGUACUUAAGACAUGUUACUUGUAAGUAUGUUUUCCUCUUCUUUGUCUGUGCACCUUUUGGGGCCUCCAUGUCAUUCUGAGAUUAAUUACUCAAGGUGCAAGCAAUAGUGUUCUCCCCUUCCAUCAUGCCAAUAUGGCUUGUGAGCCCACAUCAGUCAUUCUUUGUUCCUUUGGACAAGUAUAUCUUAUGAACUCUUCAUGCUUAGAUCUGAAUUAGAGGAAGGUAGCUAGGUUACACCUAGAUGGUGCAGAUGCUUUCUGGAGAAGGAUUCUAGAGACUGUCUGCUCUGAUCCUUAGUUUUCCUUGGUUCCUGCGAUCAACACCAGGUGGAUGCUGGAGCAGUACCCUAACAAAUGGGCUAUGUGCAAUUCUUCUUUCUCUUCCUUGUCCUGACCUCACACCAUACUUACACACACUUACACUUACACUUACAUGCACUACACUACCAUGCACGCCAGGAGACCAGUC